CUCUUCCCUCACCUCAUACCUUUCCUUCCUUUCUUCACUCAAUUUUUCCUUGGUCUCAAAGUCUUCCUUUCUUCACCUGCUCGCUCCCAAAUCCAUUUCAUACGAAGAAACGAAGCUUCAUCUCAUUAACAAUGGCAGAUUCGAGAUCUUUCGUCAAGCCGCCUCAUUUCUCAUCUCAGGAGCGUCAAGUAAAUCGCUCCAUUACCACACAAAAAUCGUUUGCUCACGUCCUCUGUAAGUCUCUCUUGUUUCUCCUCUUUCUUGUUGCUAUCCCUCUGUUUCCUUCACAAGCUCCUAACUUUAUCAAUCAGACUAUACUCACCAAGUUCUGGGAACUGGUCCACUUACUUUUCAUUGGCAUUGCUAUCUCCUAUGGCUUGUUUAGCCGUAGAAACGCUGAAGUGGAUUUUGAGACCCCCUCCGGUACCUUUGAUGAUUCGCAGUCAUCUUAUGUGUCUAGGAUUUUUCAUGUUUCUCCGAUUUUUGAGGAUGGGUGCGAAAAUCCAUGUGGGUUUGAUGAAAAAAAUGUGUACCCUUACCAGAUUUGGAAUUCUCAGUUUUAUAGAGGCGAGUCUGGAGUUGUCGUUCCGAAUAAUAGUUCUGUUAUCGAUGAGCAGAGCAAAAUUGGAUCUUUGAAUUCUGAAAAUGGAACGACCGAGAUUUCGCUUGAGAAUGAUGAGAAUCGUGUUGCUCAAGCUUGGAGUUCUCAGUAUUUCCAGGCUGAAUCAAUGGUCGUGCUGUCCGAAGCAAACUAUGCAAUUGAUGAUUGGGGGAGACAUGAGCAGGUAGUUGGUUGCAGACCGUUAGGGUUACCAGUUAGGAGUUUAAAACCCAGAGUUAGAAAAGCAGAGAGUAGCCAAUUUAGUAAUAAUGGAAAUGAGCCUGGUUCAAGCUUUAUCGGUUCUUUCAGUAGUUCCGUAAGGAAUACAAACGAGAAUAAUUUUGGUGAUAUGGAUCCAGUAAACUUGGAGGAGAAGUUUGAUGAAAGCUUUUCCUUACCUUCUGAAAUUCCAGGUCAAUCUAGAUCUGGAAGGACAGAAAUGUGGGGAAAAGUAGGUCCCGUUGCUAAUGUUCCUUCUAAUUUUAGGCCACUCUCAGUUGAUGAAACUAAGUUUGAGUCUCUCAAAUCGCACUCUUUCAGGUCCACAACUUCUCUGUCAUCCCAAGCUAGUUCGGUUUCAAAUUCACCAAUCAGACUCUCUCCUUCACACUCUGCUUCCUCUGAUUCGCCAAAUUCAAGAAGGGAAGAAUCAGGGAAAGAGAAAGAUUUCAGCGCCUCAUAUCCUCCUGCUUCUCAAUCACCACAAGCAACUGUUAAUCGCGAGGCUCGACUGAAUGCAUUUCAUUUAAGGAGAUAUAGCAGUGGCUCUUUGUUCCAAAAGGAUGUUCACAAAACCUUAAAAGAUGAGUUGAAGGAUCUUAGAGGGAAAAGAAGAGAGGAUCUUUCAUUAAGUAGUAAACAAAGGGCGCAGGGGCCUUUGAAAUCUGAUAAGAAACCCGCAACAAUUGUUAAAGUUUCACCUAAGGGAAAAUCUGUUAGGACCAUUAGAAGUGGAGUAUACACAGCAGAUGCUUUGAAGGCGGGAGAUAAGAAUACAACCCAAAUUGAUGAGCAGGUUGGAGAAGGAUCUAAUGAUGCAAAAGCAGUAAAAAUAGAGAAAAAUGAAAUGAAAAGGGAAGUACUUGAUAAUAUGUCAAAUGGCAUUAAUAAGCAGAACCUUGAUAAUAGAUGGAAAAUUGAAUCGAAAAAGGAAGAACUUGAUAAUAUGUCAGUUGGCAUCAACAAGAAGAAUGUAGAUACCCGCUAUGAUAUGCCCAACAUGACACAUUCAAAAUAUCAGAAUAAAGAAAAGAAGGAACUUUUGGAGAAUGUUACUGUGGAGACUACAGAAGAGUCAGGCAGUGACACUGAUAAUGGUCGAGUGAGCUCGGGCGAAGAUGCCAAGGAUGCUUCAGUGAGUGAUGCUGGACAUGACCCUAACGAGGUUGAUAAGAAGGCUGGUGAGUUUAUAGCCAAAUUCAGAGAGCAGAUUAGACUUCAGAAAGUGGCAUCUAUUGAUAGACCAAGAGGGAUGCGCUUGAGUGGUAAGCAUUUGAGGUGAAACAUGCAGGACCUUGUACCUCUCUAAUGUAUCUAACAAAUAUGAAGAUGGAGUUCAAAAAUGAAAGCCUUUUUAUUAAUUUUUCUAGAUUUGAUGUACCAUCUCUAUUUACUAGAUACAAAAUAUACCUUUGGUAGAUGUAUCAGCCAACUCUUGAGAGAAUUGGCGAUUUUUUCGUUAUGUUUCAUUCAUUUUUUUACAACUCAAUGACCUACCGAUCAUUGUAAAUUCACAAUUUUUACGUCUUUUUUAUGUUAGUUCUUUUUCUAUAA